CAUGGUCGUGCGGAGGCGCGGGGGGGGGCACCGGAAGGGGUAUGAUGUCACGUCCGGGGCUCGCUGGCUGCGUCUCCUCGCUGGGCCCCGCGACAAGAUGGCGGACCUGUCGCUGGACGAGCUCAUACGGAAGCGCGGCGUGACGGGGAAGGGCAGGCUUAACACAAGGCCGGUGUUCGGAGGUGUAAGAUCUCGCAUUGGGAUCCAGCAAAAUCUUCUGAGUAGAUCGUCACCAGCCGUCAACUUCCAGCGGACGUUUGAUGCCCGACAGAAGAUCGGCCUCACUGAUGCCCGGCACAAAUUGGGGGUUAAAGAUGCUCGGGAAAAACUGGUUCAAAAGGACGCUCGGUUCAAAAUAAAAGGGAAGGUGCAGGAUGCUCGAGAGAUGUUGAAUUCCCGUAAGCAGCAAAGUGUUGCUGCUGAAAAGGUGACCAAAGUCGUGGAUGCCAGAGAGAAGAUCAGUUUAAAAAGGAACACUCCAGCUGCUAUCAGCCCAGCUAUGGGGACAGUAAAUCCAGCUGUGAAAAUCACCAAAACUAUCCAACAGAAAGCUCCGGUUCCUGGACACUCUCAUCCGGCAGGAAUGAGGAUCAACGUGGUGAACAACCACACACAUAAGCAGGGUCUGUAUGACAUGGAAGAUGAUGAUGAAAGUGUCUCUCCCCUUCCUAGCAAACAGAUGAAAAUCACCACCACAAACAGUUUCCUGCACAAUGCGACUGGGCUGAGUGGCAAUAAGUUCUCUCUGUCCAAGACUGUUCCCCUGACUAAAGUGGUCCAGAAUGAUACGUACACGGCUCCACCUGCACCUCCUUCCCCAAUGCGGACAAAGGCCUUGACAAACAUGUCCCGGACCUUGGUGACAAAGGAGGAGCCUCCAAAAGAGCCAGCGCCUGUUGAGCUGGCGUUCAGUCCCUUGGAAGGCACAAAGAUGACUGUAAACAAUCUGCAUCCUCGCGUCACUGAGGAAGACAUUGUUGAGUUAUUCUGCGUGUGUGGCGCUCUGAAGCGAGCCCGACUGGUGCACCCUGGAGUGGCUGAAGUAGUCUUUGUGAAGAAAGAAGAUGCAAUCACAGCAUAUAAGAAAUACAACAACAGAUGCUUAGAUGGUCAACCAAUGAAAUGCAACCUUCAUAUGAAUGGGAAUGUCAUCACCUCAGACCAGCCUAUAUUGCUGCGGUUGAGUGAUACUCCUUCAGUGAAGAAGGAAGGGGAACCACGCCGAACAAGUGCAAGCACUGCGUCAAAUCCCCCAGCUGAGGUGGACCCUGACACCAUCUUGAAGGCACUCUUCAAAUCCUCAGGGGUCUCUUCCUCUGUGCAGCCCACAGAAUUCAAAAUCAAACUCUGAGAAGGAGGAGUGAGCAGUGGACUGGAAAACUCAAAUUAAGUUGGGGAAUGAGAAAAGUGCAGGAGUGCAGAUGUUGUUUGCAUUUGCCUGCCUUGAAGUUUUUUUUUUGUUUUCUAUGAUCGCUACCUUACUGUACAAUAGUGUUUUCUUCUUGUGUGUGUAUUUUCUGUUUUCAUAGUUGGAGUUUUCUUCCACUAUUUUUUUUCCAAGAGAAUAACCUCUCCCUUCUGCCAGUAAUAUAUUACUAAGCAUAUACCAUGUAAUUCCCUCCUUUACUCCAAAGCCCUUUGUGGCCAUUAAAAGUGCACAUAGACUCUGAGGGAA